CCUGCUGGAUGCGGAUCCGGAUGCUUGACAAAAUCUCAGGGACGCGGAAAGGACAGCAAUGGCUUGCUAUUAUCGCCAGCACGAGGACACCGCGGUGACGAUACCGAAGUUCACGAACGAGAACUCCAGCGGGACAACCUACUACGACAUCAAGUUGCGAGUGGGCAAGGUGGAGUGGGUGGUGGAGAGGCGCUAUAGGGAUUUUGCAAGUCUCCACGAGAAGCUGGUCGGGGAGAUCUCCAUCAGCAAGAAGCUGCUGCCGCCGAAGAAGCUGGUCGGGAAUAAACAGCCUUCGUUUCUGGAGCAGCGCCGCGAACAGUUGGAAACAUAUCUCCAGGAACUCCUCAUCUACUUCCGGACAGAACUGCCGCGGGCUCUGGCCGAAUUCCUGGACUUCAACAAGUACGACAUCAUAUAUCUCCUGCAGGAUCUUGCCAAGCUGUUCAACGAAAGCGGGGAUGCACUGCUCAGCUCCAAGAAGGAGUACAACCUGUCGGCCCUGGAGGUCUUUGCCAUUAGUGAGCGGCUAAGUCUUCCCUGUCCACCAAACCUGGAUCGUGGUGGUAAAUACGACUUCUCGCAUGUUCUGGACUUUUGCACACAGCUUGUGGCCUUGGUGGUUACCCCGGUCAAGGACAAUUGCAGCUAUGCCCAGGACUACAACACGGUGGACGUGCCAAUCGGUCGCAGUAAUAUCAUUCCGAACAGACUAAACUUCAAUCUGAAUGCCUUUCGCAAUCUCAAGAUGCUCAAGUUUUCGGCCUUGUCCACGGAGAACAUUGUGGACAUCGAGCUUCUGAAGCCCACUCUCCAGACAAUCUGUGUGCAUAACACAACCAUACAAAACAUAAACCAAGUGCUGCUGUGCGACAAUCUGCACAAGCACUGUGAUGUGCCAAGCCUGCUGCCAGAGGCAAUCAUUGCAUCCACCUCCGGUUCUGGUUCCUCCUCCUCGAACGGCAGUGCCUUGGUUAGUGCGGACGCGUGGCAGGAGAUAACCGAGCUGGAUCUGACCGGCAACCUGCUCACCCAAAUCGAUGGCAGUGUGAGAACUGCUCCAAAACUGAAACGCCUAAUUCUCGAACAGAAUCGUAUACGCACCGUCCAGAAUCUAGCCGAACUUCCUCACCUUCAGUUGCUUUCGCUGUCCGGAAAUCUGAUAGCAGAGUGCGUUGACUGGCACCUGACGAUGGGAAAUCUUGUCACACUGAAGCUGGCUCAGAAUAAAAUCAAGACCCUAAGUGGUCUGCGGAAGUUGCUUUCUCUGGUCAAUCUCGAUCUUAGCUCCAAUCAAAUCGAAGAGCUCGACGAGGUCGAUCAUGUCGCCAAUCUUCCGCUUCUAGAAACUCUACGGCUCACUGGAAAUCCACUAGCGGGUAGUGUGGAUUAUCGUUCCCGCGUCUUGGCUCGAUUCCACGAACGUGCUGCUGAAAUAUCUCUGGACAAUGAGCCUGGUAAUCAGCAGGAACUAGAUACUGCUUUGGUUUUGUCUGCUCUACUGAAGUCGAAGCAACGACAGCAACAAAAGUGAUCCUUCGCAGACUGCAAGGUUCUAUAUUCCAAAACAUCACAAAUCUCUUCGUGAAAUUUCAAAAGUAUUACUGGUUGAUUUUUCUUGCGAUAACCCCCAAUAGCAAAUAUUCCGUAAAGGUUGUGGACUUUUAAAAAUUUCAAAGAUUUCGUGCAAUGAUAUUUCCCAUGUUUAGCCGUAAUUAUAAUUUAUUUUACGUGUUUUGUGUAUUUCCAUACGAUUUCAAAAUAAUAUAAUGUAUGAAUGUUUAAUAUUUUUUGUCCACUCAAAGUGCAAUAAAUCAAUGCUCACCUCCAAAAAAAAAUAGUUAAAUAAAAAACGUGAUUAUAUAUCCUGACAAAUCAUUGAAUAAAAUCCUAAAUAAAGAAGUAA